GUCAAACAUUCAUCCCCAAAAGAAAAGAAAACGGUAACCACAAACAAAACAAAACUCCCGCGUUCGAUACGAACUGCAGUUUUCCAGUAUUUAAGUUAUAGGAAGCAUUUACAAAAUGGUUAAAUAGUGUUAGCCAUGUAUACCAAAGCGUUUAUAAAGCUUACAUUAAAGUGGGCUGCUAAACUAGCAUAGCAACGGUACGCGCGUUGCCGAUUACACCCUUCAGUGUAGAUUUAGCGCUUGAGCGUAGUAGGCAUAGGAACCAUCGCCGGACAGAAGCGCAUCUUCAGCGUCAGCAGGAUGGAAUACUCCAGCUUUGUAAAAGGCUUCCGGAAGAAAUCGUUCCACAGCUACGCCAGUCCACCGGACACUGAGUACGCAAAGGAGUUUGAAGAACAAAUGCAAGCGCUGGUCAUUAACUUCGAUAUUGACGACACAAAGAUGGAACAGCAACAGCAGCAGCACCACCACCAGAUGUCCUUCACAACAAGCACUCCACUAGCAUCCGGAAGUGGGUUAAAGUGGAAAACCAGAAGAAAAGCAAGCUGUACCGCACUGUUUGACGAAACGGAACGGCUGGAUGUGCCGAAGAAACGGAUGGCUGUGAAUAUCGACCAAAGUGCCGAGAGUCAGGAACUUCACCACGGAUCGUACGACUCGAGCGAAGGCAUUUCGAUGCGUUUUGAUUCGUCCAGCUCGAACGAUGAUGCGGCAUGGAAUGAAUUCAUUGGCAAUAGUUCCGCCGGAUCUAGCCAGCUGAAGAAAGAGAAGGUACAACACCAUUGCAGCACAUUCCCCUUUGAGGCAAUUCAAGGCGAAGAUUCAUUACUAGAACCGUCCGCUGAUGUGUUUGCGCCCGAGGACACAGCAAUGUUUGCAACCAAAUUAGUAUGUAUGCCUGCGAAGCGAACCCAUGAUGAGGCUAAUAGUUAGGAUACUCCGUUUGUCACAGCAACGCCACUCUUUAGCUUUCCUUAGCUCUUAUAAUAUAAUGUUUGCUCUCUGCUGAGGAUUGUAAAUAUAGAUUCCUAUUUAAAAGUACGCUUUUGGCAAUUGCGGCUAAGAUGAAGGGCAGUGCGUAAAUUAUUCGCUCCACUGUGUGCACCAUUCAUAGAAUGGACCACGUUUCCCAGUGGAUAGAUGAUAAGGGCAGCUUUCGAAUUUCUUCAUCAUCGCCAUCUUCAUGACAGAAAAAACUCAAUUAUAUUAAAUUGUCAAUAAAACCAAAUAUGAGCUCAGUAUAAAGUA